GUUGUUGCCAUGGUAACGAUUUUCUCAAUAUGUAACCGUACGACUAGGCAGAUAUAGUCAUCAGUACUCCGCAGACAUCAAUGGACGGGUGUCUCGAUAUCACGCCUGUUAAGAUCCCUCGCCCUUCCUACUUCUCCUUUGUGGAUUUAUCUAUCAUUGAAGAAGCAGAGAAGCUGGAUGCAGUGGUAGCCAGUUCUAAAAAGAGAUAUGGCAAUAUUCCUCUGGAUUUCGUUAUCAUUUACAAGACAAAGCCCACACUUGGUAUCGCCAUAGAAGGCGGACUAAACACACGUCAACCCAUUCCAAAAGUCAUAAGUAUCCAGCAUGGAGGAUCAGCGUUUGAGUCAGGUCGUUUGAAAUGUGGCCACCAGAUUUUGGAAGUGAAUGGCCAGAAACUGUGUGGGGUGGAACACCGUGAGAUUGUGAAGAUCAUCGCUGACGCCUUUCAGGACGUCUCUACAAAUCGCCUGAAUCUUCUUGUAACAAUGAACUUGUCGCAAAUUUCACAGAGUUACAUACUGAAUUCAAUGGAUAGAAAAUGAGAUACAAAAACUAAUUUGGACAUACUUCAAACAAAAUAGAGAAAAAAGUUCCAAAAUUCAUGAAUUUUUCUGUAUGGAUAUGCAAUUCACAUCUGCUCUGAACCAUUUGAUGAAUUGUGUCUCUUCUAUGUUUAAAACAUUUAACAAAAAAAUAAAAAAAUAAAUAAAGGUAUUUUCUUUA